AUCAAUUCACAGCGGUUGCCACUACAUCUGUAUAAAGCACGGGCUUUGUUUAUAUUGUACGUAUGAUUGACUAUUUUGAUUGGCUUAAAUUCUACCAUGUCUUUGUGGCAUUAUAAUACAUUUUAGUAAGCCUGUUUGGUUAGACAUUUUUAAUGCGGUGGUAUCAGGCCGACUCAAUUCAUAUUUUUUUAUCUGGGUAUAUUUUUACUCGAAUGCCUUACGGAUAAUAGUGGUUUAAUGGACUGAAUGACGGAGGAACAACUUGCGUACUAUAAGACUUCCCAGUCUUUCCCUGCAGACAAACGCAACAAUGUUGACUUUGCUUCCCCGUAGUGAUGUCGUACAGCUGAGCAUUCAGCGUUAUCUCCAGACAUGUCCUCUUUUAUCCUGGGUGUAGACGUGGGCACCACUUCGGUAAAAGUAGUUUUAUUAGAAACCGGCUCCAAAUCGUUGUUUGCGAGUCACACCUUGCCCACGGAGUCCGACAUAAUCGACAGCAGCGGGAUAAAGUGCGUUUGUUCCGCGUGUGUCCCAAAGGCGAAGGAGCAAGAUACUGUCCGGAUCAUUGAUACACUGAACCGGUGCAUCGACCUCUUGCCCAGAGACAAACUACAGCAUGUUGUCAGAAUUGGUGUGUCCGGACAGAUGCACGGGGUUUUAUUCUGGAGAGCAAAGAGUGGUUGUGAUUGGUCCAGUGGGGUCUUCACAGCCAGAGACACCAGUCAGCUGAUUACCUGGCAGGAUGGACGCUGCAGCAGUGACUUUCUGUCCUCGCUUCCAACGGCAGACUCGCAUCUCAGUGUAGCUACAGGGUUCGGCUGCGCAACGAUCUUCUGGUACAUGAGAAACAGGCCCAAGUUCCUUGAAGACUUCACAGUGGCAGGAACCAUCCAGGAUUAUGUGGUUUCUAUGCUGUGUGGUUUGGAGGGGUGUGUGAUGACGCCCCAGAACGCAGCCAGCUGGGGCUUCUUCAACACUUCCUGCAACCAGUGGAAUAUAGAAACUUUGAAGGGGGCCGGCUUCCCUUUGCACCUGCUUCCUGGGUGUGUGCCAUCUGGUGAGUUGGUGGGACGGACGCGGGCCGACUGGCACGACAUCCCUGCUGGUACGCUAGUGGGGGCCGCCCUGGGAGAUUUCCAGUGCUCCGUCUACUCCUGCACGCGUUUGCCGACAGAUGCAGUUCUUAAUAUCAGCACCUCGGCCCAGCUCACGUAUGCCAUGCCCCCUGGCUUCGAACCUCCACAUUCUCCUCAGCCUGCAUCCUCCAUCGCCUACUUUCCCUACUUUCCCUACCCCUUUUCAUCAUACUUGGCGGUGGCGGCAUCUCUCAAUGGAGGCAACGUUCUGGCCACUUUCGUGGAGACGCUCGCUUCCUGGAUGAAGGAGCUCGGUGCAGAGCUGAGUGAUUCACAUAUAUACGAGAAGCUGAUUAUUUGUGCCCUGAACCAAGGAGCCGGUGACCUGAGGGUGACUCCCACCAUCCUGGGGGAGAGACACAACCCUCUCGCCCUCGGUCAGGUGACCAACAUCUCCGCCUCCAAUCUGUCCCUGGGCCACGUGACCCGGGCGCUGUGCCGCGGCGUCGUGGACAACAUCGCCUCCAUGAUGCCUGCAGAAUCCCUGCAGCGGGCGGGCGUCACCAGGAUCGUGGGCACCGGGAGCGCGCUCGCUCGGAACGAGGUGCUGAGGCGGGAGGCGGAGAAGGCGUUCCCGCUGCCGGUGGUGUACGGACAGAACGCAGACUCUGCCGCUGGCGUGGCCCUGGUCCUCUGUGACAGACUUUGAAUGGAUUUGAAUGGUUCAUAGUGUUAAAUCACACAAUGACAUUUUGAUUCAGACCGGUUGCUAAGUGCAGCUACAAAUCAUUCUUCAUUUAAUUUAAAUUGAGAUUCUGAUGUGUUGUUUGAUUACUCUCUAACAACUAAUAAGGAUUCAGAGGUUCAUAUACUAUUCAACUACUACUGUGCUAAAAUAUUACUGUAAGUAAUAAAGGACUUUAAUUUUACUUCAUUUUUACAGCUUUACUGUUUAUGGGAGUUUGCUUCAGUUCACACCUAAAGUUAUGUAAUAAUUGUAAUAACAAAUAAAUAUUAUUUUAAAAU